CGAACGAAUGUACAAAAAACAAAGAAAAAAAGACAAACAAAAUAGGAAAUGGCGUCUGGUGAAGCCACGUGGCGUAUAAUCAGUGGUUAGGUAGGAGAGAGGAGGGAGAGGAGAGGAGGAGGAGGAAUGGCUGCUUUCCCUAUCCACUAUUCUCUCUCUCAUGCGCUGCCAUGUCAGAGUGGUAACCCCGAACGUCCCCUAUUAACCCGGCGAAUCCGUAUCGUAUGCUUUCUUCUCCUCCCUCUAGAAAGCCUCAAUCCUUCUCUUUGCAACUUCUCUCUUUGUAAUUUUUGAGUUCGGUUUAUUCUUGUUAUUUGUCAAUUCUCUCUAUUUUAUUUCGUUUUUUCCCUCGUGUUUUCGCAUUUUCUCUCUCUUUCUCGUAUCUCUCUAUUUGCUCCAUUUUCUCUGCUUUGCUAUACCCUAAUACCCCUUUAUCUCUCAUCCUCUAUCUGUCUAUAUUCACUACAUCUAUCAAUCUGUUACUCUUGAUAUUGUUCCACUUGGUUUUGAUUCUUUGAUCCACGAGGGAUGUCGUCAUUUGGGAAUUGGGGUUCUGUGAGCGAGUUUGUUAAUGAAGGCGAGUUUGUUCAAAUGGUAUUUUUUUUUAACUCCAAUGAAUUUCACCUUGAUUCUUUGAAGGAGCUAAGAUUGCAUAUUGGAAGCUUCAUUGCUGUGUCUGUGACUUGACAUGAUUUCUGCUGCUAACAGCCACAAUGUUAAUACUCAUGAUUAAAAAAGGAUGAAAGAUACCAGUUCAUUGAAUACUAAAAUGAUUAACCGAAAUUGGGUCUUGAAGCGCAAACGAAGAAGGCUUCCAUGUGGUCCAUCCCUAGCCAUUGGUAAAGAAGAAGACUUAGCAUCAGAAUCUCCAAGGAGUUCUUUAGCUAAACGUAGGCUGAAAGGAGAAAAUAGCUCCAAUCAGCUAUCCAAAAAGAAGGGAAAUGAUGGGUACUACUAUGAAUGUGUUAUUUGUGAUCUUGGUGGCAACUUGUUGUGUUGUGAUAAUUGUCCCAGGACUUAUCAUCUACAAUGCCUUGAUCCACCUCUUAAGCGCAUCCCAAUGGGGAAGUGGAAAUGCCCAAAGUGCUGUAAGACAGAUCCACUCAAGCCCAUUACCCAUCUGGAUUCAAUUUCCAAACGAGCAAGAUCAAAAACUAUCAAGACAAAAGCUCAAUCUGGAAUAAAGUCAGCUGCUACUGAAAAAGUGUCCCGAAUUUUUGGAACGUCCAUUAUUGCAAAGAAAAGAUCCUCCUCCAGUAAAGGAAAAUCUGAUGCAGCUCAUAUAGAAGUAGCUUUUAACCCAAGUCUUACAGCCCUUGGUGGUACUAAUGAAGGUGGUUCAUCUUGUGUGAAUGUUGAUGAUGGAAAUAAGCCUGUUGCAUCUCCAACAGGUACAUCUGCUGAAAGGAAGUUAACUCUUGUAGCUAGUGGCUCAUCAUGUGUGAAUAUAGAAGAUAGAGUGAAGCCUGCUGCACCUCCAGCAGGUUCAUCUGUUGAACGAAAGUUAAUUCCUGUAGCUGGUGAGGUUUUAUCUCGUUCCAAAAGCACAAAUUCAGAGCAAAAUGAUGAAGCACCUGGACCGAAACAUGAAUUGUCUUGUGAUAAUGAGUCUUCCAAAAACAAACUUGUUCUUGCAACUGGUAUCACCACAAGGAAAGAUAGAAAAAGAAAGCAGAAAGUCGGUAAUGAGGUAAGUCAAAAGAAGCAUAAGAGAGAAAAGGGUAACCGUGCUGUUAGUAUUUCCAAAAAGAAGGGUUCCAAAGCGAAUAAUAUUGGUUCUGGAACUAGUAAAACUCAUCAGAAGCGAAAAUUUGUUAGCCAUGGGAUUUCUGCAUCUUUGUCAAAGGAUGAUGAUGGGAGCAAGAAUUUAGAUUCUCAGAAUAAAGAUGAGAAGCUUCCCGAGGGUGCAACACACCAGCCUGUUGAAUUGGAUAAAGGGACUCCGAAUGUCCUUCUGAUAUCUGAAGACAGUGUUCCUGCUGAACCUCUGCAGGUUGAUCGAGUUCUAGGAUGUCGGGUUCAAGGUGAUAAUACUAGUAUUUUGCAUCAUGCAUCUGCAGAACUUUCAGAAGAUGUGCUCUCUGAUGACUUUGUAAUUGCAGUAAAUCGAAGAAGACUUUCAGAGAAUUCUUUUUGUGAUAUGGAUUCAGAUAUUGUAACUGCUGAAAAUCUUACUGAUGGUUGUCCCAAGACUCUGAAAAGUUCUGAUAAAGAAGAAAGCACAAAAAAUGAUGUCAGGGUGGAUAAAAUGAAUGUGUAUAGAAGGUCUGUCACUAAGAAAUGCAAGGGAGGGGAUUCUGUGGACUUAUUGAGGAAAGACACCAAGGAUUCAGAUGGUGCAAUCAUAAAUGGUAAGGAUCAGGAUGAAUUUGCAGUAACUGCAGAAGAUCCAGGAAAAAUAAAUGAAAAAAUGGUAGUAGAAGAGUUCAAUCCUGAUGUUAAUGUGAAAAGUCAUGAUACAACUGAAGCUCCAAAAGUUUGUGAAACGCCUACAAAAGCAAAAGAGAUGGGUGUAGGAAAGGAAAUUAGUAGCAGUGUUGAAAAUAAAAUCCAAGAACCAGCUGUGACCGAAUCUGCAUGUUCUAAAGAGGAGAUAAUAUCUUAUGAAUUUUUAGUUAAAUGGGUGGGGAUGUCCCAUAUCCAUAACAGUUGGAUUUCUGAAUCCCAGCUGAAAUGUCUAGCAAAGAGGAAACUAGACAAUUACAAGGCCAAGUAUGGAACAACUGUGAUAAAUAUCUGCGAGGAAAAGUGGAAGAAGCCUCUGCGAGUUAUUUCUGUCCGUGUUUCAAAUAAUGUCCAGGAAGCUUUUGUGAAAUGGACUGGUCUUCCAUAUGAUGAAUGCACUUGGGAAAGGUUAGAUGAAACUGUUCUUCAACAAUCUUCUCAUCUGAUUGAUCAGUUUUAUCAGUUUGAACGCCAAACAUGGGAAGUAGAUGCCACUAAGGAUGAUGCUUGGGCAAAGGGGGAACAGCAGCGUGAUAUUGUUACUUUGGCUGAGCAACCUAAAGAAUUGAAGGGAGGCUCACUAUUUCCGCAUCAGCUUGAAGCACUCAAUUGGUUGCGUAGAUGUUGGCAUAAAUCCAAAAAUGUUAUACUUGCUGAUGAAAUGGGGCUUGGAAAAACUGUCUCUGCUAUCGCCUAUAUUUCGUCACUUUAUUUUGAGUUUAAAGCUACUCUGCCAUGUUUAGUGCUGGUUCCACUUUCUACUAUGCCUAACUGGCUUGCUGAGUUCUCAUUAUGGGCCCCCGAUUUAAAUGUUGUGGAGUAUCAUGGUUGUGCCAAAGCAAGAGCCAUCAUUCGCCAGUAUGAAUGGCAUGCUAGUGAUCCAAAUGAAUCUAGUAGGAAAACAGCUUCUUACAAAUUUAAUGUUCUUUUAACUACAUAUGAAAUGACUCUUGUGGACUCCUCUCAUUUGCGUGGUGUUCCUUGGGAAGUUCUUGUGGUUGAUGAGGGUCAUCGUUUGAAAAAUUCAGAAAGUAAGCUGUUUAGCUUGCUCAACACAUUCUCUUUCCAACAUCGUGUUCUAUUGACUGGAACCCCACUCCAGAAUAACAUCGGCGAGAUGUAUAACUUGCUUAAUUUCUUGCAGCCAGCUUCCUUCCCUUCUUUAUACUCAUUUGAGGAGAAAUUUAAUGAUCUUACAACUGCAGAAAAGGUGGAUGAACUGAAGAAACUUGUUGCUCCUCAUAUGCUUCGAAGGCUUAAAAGGGAUGCCAUGCAAAAUAUUCCUCCUAAAACUGAACGAAUGGUGCCUGUUGAGCUGUCAUCCAUUCAAGCUGAAUACUACCGUGCAAUGCUAACUAAAAACUACCAGAUAUUACGGAAUAUCGGGAAAGGGGUUGCACAACAGUCGAUGUUAAACAUUGUGAUGCAACUGAGAAAGGUUUGUAAUCAUCCAUAUCUCAUACCAGGUACUGAGCCUGAGUCUGGAUCACUAGAGUUUCUUCAUGAAAUGCGUAUAAAAGCUUCAGCCAAGUUGACUCUGUUGCAUUCCAUGCUUAAAGUCUUAUACAGAGAAGGCCAUAGAGUUCUUAUUUUUUCACAAAUGACUAAGCUUCUUGAUAUCCUUGAGGAUUAUUUAACCAUAGAAUUUGGCCCUAAAACAUAUGAGAGAGUUGAUGGCUCUGUUUCAGUUGCUGAUCGUCAAACAGCGAUAUCAACGUUCAACCAAGAUAAAAGUCGAUUUGUUUUCUUGCUAUCGACACGUUCUUGUGGUCUUGGUAUCAAUUUGGCAACAGCUGACACAGUUAUAAUUUAUGAUUCUGAUUUUAACCCACAUGCUGACAUCCAAGCUAUGAAUCGGGCACAUCGAAUUGGACAAUCAAACAGACUUUUGGUAUACAGGCUUGUAGUUCGUGCCAGUGUAGAAGAGCGGAUUUUGCAACUUGCUAAGAAGAAGCUAAUGCUUGAUCAGCUGUUUGUCAACAAGUCUGGAUCCCAAAAGGAAGUGGAAGAUAUUCUGCGAUGGGGAACAGAAGAACUCUUCAUUGAUUCUUCUACUGGGAAAGAUUUAGGUGAAGGUAAUAACAAUGAAGAAGAUGCCCUAAUGGAUACAGAACAUAAGCACCGGAAGAGGGUUGGUAGUCUUGGAGAUGUGUACCAAGACAAAUGUACAGAUGGCAGCAACAAGAUUGCGUGGGAUGAAAAUGCAAUUUUGAAAUUGCUUGAUCGUUCAGACCUUCAGUCUGAAACAACUGAUGUUGAGGGGGAUUUGGAAAAUGAUAUGCUUGGCUCAAUAAAGUCGGUGGAAUGGAAUGAUGAAACAACAGAGGAACCAGGGGGAGGUGAAUCACCUCCAGCUGUUGCUGGUGAUAUUUCUGAGCAGACUUUGGAGAAGAAAGAAGAAAAUAUGUUAAAUGGUACUGAAGAAAAUGAGUGGGACAAACUUUUGCGUGUGAGGUGGGAGAAAUAUCAAAGUGAGGAGGAAGCAGCCCUUGGUAGAGGGAAGCGGCAAAGGAAAGCUGUCUCCUAUAGAGAAGCUUAUACUCCCCAUCUCAAUGAAACCAUGACCGAGAGUGGUGGUGACGAAGAAAAGGAACCAGAUGCUGAGCCAGAGCGGGAUUAUACACCAGCUGGACGGGUCCUUAAAGCAAAGUAUACUAAACUCCGUGCUCGACAAAAAGAACGGCUUGCUAGGAGAAAUACAAUUGAAGAAGCUCAUCUCAGUGAGGGAUUUCCUGGACUUGAGUCGGUAGCUCAGUUUCCUUCAGUGAAUGAAAGAGAUGGGGAUCAUGUUACUAAGUCAGACCAACAACCAGAUAAAGAGAGGUGUUUGGUAAUUGAUUUGGAGGAUGAGAAACUUGGUCAAUCAUCAGAUGAACCAAAGAGGAAAGAUGAUUCAAUUUUAAGGCUUGGGAGGUUUUCUAAACAUAAAAGAAGCGGACAAUUGGAUCUUUCUGUUAAUCUUCUACAUCAGUCUUCUCCCGAAGAAAUCCUUCCAAAUAUCAAUCAUCAAGGCAUAAAUUAUAGCAACUCUCUACCAACAAAUAACUUGUUGCCAGUUCUUGGGCUUUGUGCCCCUAAUGCUAGUCAGCUAGACUCGUUUCAUCAAAGCUUCUCAAGAUCAAACGGUUGGAAAAGCAGGGCACAAACUGGACCAGAGUUUCCAUUCAGUUUAGCUCCAACUACUGGACCUUCAACUGAGAAAGAAGCAAAAGGUCAAGAGACUACCAUGGACAAAUUUAAAUUGCAAAAUGCAUUACCAGAUAGUUGGCUCCCAUUUAAUCUGUAUCCUCCUGCUGCUUCACAAGGAAAAGUUUUUGAUCGGUUAGAAAGUUCUGGUGCUAGUUCUUCUGAUUUUCAGGAAAAGAUGUCGCUGCCUAAUAUUCCUUUUGAUGAGAAAUUGCUGCCCCGGUUCUCCCUUCCUACCAAAAGCAUGAUGACAUCAAAUCCUGACCUAUUACCUAGCUUAUCUUUAGGCAGUAGGCUUGAUGCUGUGAAUGAAUCAGUGCAAGACCUUCCAACAAUGCCAUUGCUACCCAAUUUGAAAUUUCCUCCACAAGAUGUGCCAAGGUAUAAUCAACAAGAGAGGGACAUGCCUCCAACAUUGGGAUUGGGUCAGUUGCCAUCCAUUUCUUCUUUUCCUGAAAACCAUAGGAGGGUGCUUGAAAAUAUCAUGAUGAGAACUGGAUCUGGAUCCAGGAACUUGUAUAAAAAGAAAUCAAAAGUAGAGGGCUGGUCAGAAGAUGAACUUGAUUUUCUCUGGAUUGGUGUUCGUAGACAUGGACGAGGUAGUUGGGAUGCCAUGCUUAGAGACCCCAGGCUGAAAUUUUCCAAGUAUAAAACUUCAGAAGAUUUGGCAACUAGAUGGGAGGAGGAACAACUCAAAAUUUUGGAUGGGCCGGCUUUUCCAGUUCCGAAAUUCCCCAAGCUAACAAAAGCAACCAAACCUUCUACCUUGUUUCCAAGCAUUCCUGAUGGAAUGAUGACGCGGGCAUUGCAGGGUAGUAGGAUUGUUGCACCAUCAAAAUUUCAAGCGCCCCUGACUGACAUGAAAUUUGGUUUCAGUGAUAUAGCUUCCGGCCUGCCUCACUUUGAGCUAUCAGAUCAGCUUGGUUUGCAAAAUGAUAAUCUUCCUCCUAUUCCAACAUGGAAUCCUGACAAAUCUCGAGCAAACUUUUCUGGAGAUUCAGUUGCUGGGCCCUCUGACAGGCCAGGGCCGUCCGCAAAUUUAUCUGUUGAGAAACCUUUGUUUCUCAACUCUUUUGGAGCCAGCAACUUGGCCUCAAGUUUGAAUUGCACCAGUAGCUUUGAUUUACAGAGGAAGGAAGAUGAAUAUGGUACAAUGAAGUAUAGGAAAUUGCCUACUGUUCUUGAUAGAUCACUAAAUUUGUUACACGAUUCCCACAAUAAUGGUGGAAGCGGUGAAUUUGCUAGCUCUGGGUUUCUCCCUGAUCCAAAUAAAGGGCUGAAUCUUUCCUAUUCAAAGGGAAAGGUAGUUGGAAACUGUUCUUCCAAGAACAAGUUACCUCACUGGCUUCGUGAAGUUGUUAGCGUUCCUGCCAAACCUCCAGAUUCUGAUCUACCACCUACUGUCUCGGCAAUAGCUGAGUCAGUUCGUGUUCUGUAUGUAGAAGGUAAGCCAAACAUUCCCCCAAUUGUGGCACCUGGGCCCCCUCCUCCUCAACCGAAGGAUCCGAGACACAGUCAAAAGAAGAAAAAGAAAAGGAAGUUGCACACGUUUAGGCUGGUCCUACCGGAUUCAGCUGGAAGUAGUAGGCUCUCUCCACCAUGCUCAAUUCCAUUGACACCACCAUUUCAUUUGCUUCCACAAUCAAUAACUGGAACUGCAGGGCCUCCUUUGAUUGCAUCUGAUAUCAGCAGGCCUCCUCUUAACUUAAGCAUGAUGAAUCCAUCAUCUUCAUCGGCGUAUCUAAUUCCACCAAAGAAAUCAAGCAUGGGAUUAUCCCCCUCCCCUGAAGUGCUUCAGCUGGUAGCAUCUUGUGUUGCUCCAGGGCCACACUUGUCAUUAACUUCUGGCACUACUAGUUCUAGCUUACUUGAUGGCAAACUUCCAUUACCUAUGCUUGGUACCGAAGUUGGAGAUCCAGAUUCACAAGGUGUAUCUGAAAAAGGGAAGGCUAAACUGAGCCCACACAUUGGUGAUCAGGAUCAAUCUCCAGAGCCGGAGGAGAAACAAGAUGAGCCUGAUUGUGGGGAUUCUAGCAAGACUAAGUCUGAUCAUUCUCGGCCUGAACAGCCUAAUGUAGAGGAAAUAUCAUCAGAAGGCACCGUGUCAGAUCAUCCUGUGAGUGACCAUGAUGCUGGUAUACACGAGUAAACAAUGAAAAACAAAUAUUCUUGAUGUGCUCGAAUUUUUGUAGGCGUGAUGCAGUGAGUGAUUAGCUAGCAUAUAUAGGAAUCAUUUAGGACAUCUCUAGCGUAAAGUUUGUGUAAGAGGAAUGAAGUAUAUAGUGUUUCCGGCCCGUCAUGGCUUUUGUGCCUUGGCUCCAUUUUGCGUGCUCAUGACUAUUUGCGGCUGCCAACAAUGGAGAUUUUCAUCUGCACAAUGAGCUUCGUUGAGCCGAUCUAACUGGGUGACAACACAUUAUUUCUAUUUGGUUUGUAACUGCAUCGGGGAAAUGAAAACUCUCGUAGAAAUACGAGUGAAAGACAUCACACAUCUUUUAUUAAAGGUAAUAUGCCAUUUUUUUAUUAGUA